CAUUGUGAAACUUAUCGCGCUCUUCAACUUUUAUGGAUGGACAUCCACCUACCUCUAGAGAGAUCCAAAGCGAACGAGUCACCACCAACAUCGGCGGUAGUUCAGUACGCAGCAGCAGCAGCAUGGGCUUACCGCCUACAACAAGUUUUAUCGGGAACGCUCUCCCAACGUUCCUUACCUGCAUCCGCCGUCGCAGCCGCGCCAAACCAUAUUCCGUUUCGCAUCGCCCUCGUCGUCGUCGUCGUCGUUGUCUAUGCGUGUCCCUCUGUGCGCUGCCCGCCCGUCCCGCACCAACGAGUCGAGGACGACGACGACGACGAUGACGAAGAUGAUGGUGGUCAGCAAGCAUGCAGUCUCCUCGCAUCGCAGAGCAGCCGAGCCGAGAUGUGUGCGAAAAAUGUUGUUAUUGUUGAUUAUGGGUCGAUUUGAUGGGGGUGUGGGUAAUGAGCGAGUCGAGUACGCCGAGGUAGUGGGAGAGUAGUUUUUAAAUCGCUGUUGACGUCCACUUUGCAAGGCCUGACGACGAGAGCAAUGUUGGGUUAUGUACUUUUGAUGGUGUGCGAGGUCCGAGAGAGUUAUUUACCCUGUGUAUGAGAGAGUUUUCUGGAGACGAUCGUGAGGAUAGCAACGUACGAAAUAUGCAAAGGUAUCCCUAUGUACGAAUG